CAUCUAUUGCGAGACAAGAUUAGAUACCAACGUGUUCCUUUUGCGACGGACUGAUGGCGGUUGCGUGUUAUUGAGAUGUUUCCUGGUGUCGAUUGAAUUAACUUUGUUUGCAACUAACUUUAUUAUAUUCCCGAAAAUAGUCAUCUUUGCUUGAGAACUAAAGGCUUGGUCCUCUAAACAAUAAUGUGUUAAACAUCCUUUGGUGACAAAUUUAUGAAGGCUCCGGUUAGGAUUCGACAUUCUGACAUCGGACCGUAUAAUGAUCCGAUAGAGAUAAAAACUUUUCAAUCUAUGAGGCUUAUAAGUCGCAGAGAGCUUUCGUAACGAGUAGUGUAGUGUGGAGAAGUUUAGUGUGUGGUGUAGAGUGGGAAAGUGUGGUGUGACGAAGCUGGGCGUGGGAUGUGAUGUGAUGGUGUCUCAUAGAGGAGUACACGAUGGCGGACGACAAUACGAUCAUCGAAGGCACUGUCAAGUUUCGCGAUGGGAAAAAGUGGAAAUCCCGCUGGUGCGUAAUGCGGAAACUGUCUCCUGUCGCAGACUGCGUACACCUGUUGCUGUACCGCGACGCUCGCGCACUGUGGGGUGGCGCGGCCAGCAAAGCGGCCCUGUCGCUGCAGCGUUACGUAGGCUGCGAAACUGGCUUCACCCUCGACAAACAUUCCCAUACGUUAGCACUGCUCUGUGCCGACUUUACGGCUGUAUUGGCCUUCGAGACUCGCGAGCGCCUUAUGCAGUGGCAGGUGAAACUGGGGGCGCAUUUAGGCGACCCGCGCAACUACCUAGUACUGCUGGGUAGUGGUAAACCGGGGCCUGCUCGACUGCACCUCCAUCGCCGCAGUUGUGCUCUUUCAGUCGGUGUUCCACCGCGAUUACUGGGCGUCUGGAACAUCGCACAUCUUAGGCGCUACGGUGUCGUUGAUGGAAGAUUCUGUUUUGAAGGCGGAUCCCACUGUGGCAAGGGGGAGGGGCUACACAUCCUAAUCUCGGACCAGUCGGCAGACAUUUUGCGAGACUUUGAUCUUGCUUCUCGGGGACAGCUCUCACCAAAGCGGAGAACAAGUUCGUCGAAAAAAAAUGACGGUUUUGAAAGCCCGAAGUCUCAAAAAGCUUUUAGCAUGAACGCGCGGGUCGAGUUAAAAACAAUAGACAGAUCACUUCCUCCGACUGACUUACGCUUGUAUGAAGAUCCGUGUUGCGGUGAAGAGCCGGGCACUAUAUCCCCAUACUGGCCCUUUACUGAAAGGCACUUUGAUGACAUGGGGCUGGGAGACACAUCCUCGGUCAACGAUAUGACAGACGGUAAUGAUCCCGCUCCUUGGAGUGCCAACGGACAUGUAAUGUUGGAGAGAUGUAUGAGCUGUAUUUCAAAACUCGGCGCUCUUUCAAGAUCUUCAACUGCUGCAUUGACUCCGGGCGCAAAGCACUUUAAUCCCGCUUGGACGAUGGAAGAAGUAGACGAAUCAAACAAAAAUGGCGUGCCGUGUGACAGGGAAAAGGUUCUAGAAUCCUUAGCGAAUCCUCAAGAUGAAAAUAUAUGUCGCUGUGGAGUGGAACAGAUUCCGGACCGACCUCCAAAACCCACGAAACUAGACUUAAAAUUGACACGAAAACCGCCGAUGCCACUGCCCGUCAGAUCUUUUAGUCACGCACAAUUAUCAUCAAUUCAAGAGAACUCUUCAUCUAGUAUAGGACCAUAUGAAAAUUAUGAUGUCCCAAAAAUACAUUCAGCAGAGGUCGAAGGUGAAUAUUAUGAUACACCUAAAAGGCUUAAAGAAUGUUUAAAUAACGAGUUAUUUAAAAUGACAAAAAGUUCUACAAUGAAUACAAUAGUAAUGAAAAAGUCAUGCGGCUGUUUACUUAAAUUUGGGAAAAAACCAAAAACACCAACUGUGGUAGACUCAGACGAAACGUUUCCACAGUCCAGCUGCCCCUGUCAAAAAGUUACAGAUUGGGCAAACAACUGGAUUAAGUUACCUUACUGCAACAAGAAUCCCGAGAACCCAGGAAACUUAGUGUCUUUUAAAGAAACCGUCAAACCUACCAUUAUUGACAAAAGUGCAUUGUACGCCACGAUAGAUCUCUCUCAAAAGACACGAAGAAAAUCUCUUCAAUAUGAAUAUUGUAUCCCAGAUAACAUUGAAAAAUUCAAAAGUUUAGAAUAUAAUGAAAUCGACGAUGGACCACUUGCUAACUACGAAAAUUUGAAUUUUGCUUUAUCUUUAGAACAUUACGAAAACGCUAAAGAACUAUUCAAGAAAGCCGGUGUGACUCAACGUGAACUUGACGCACUGAGCGCUAAUCUUAAUCGAACUGGUACCGUUAGACCCAAGGAACGAACUACCAAACAUGAAAUUAUGUGUACAAAGUGCGGAAACCCUCAAGAAAAAGAGAACCGUCCCAAAGGGAUUUCGCACGAUGAAUAUUUGAUGAUGGAGCCUAAUACUACAGACAGUAUCCAGUUCGAUCAGGAAAAACCAUUGCCAUCCGGAUAUACCCCGAUGUCGCCCAUAAGUGGUUUUACUUUUCACACUUUAAAGCAUCCUGCAAAAAACCCAAUCAGUCGAUUGCUGGAUGAAAAGUCUGCUAGUAACCCCACUCUCUGUGGUUCAGAGGAGAUCAGGACCCCGGCUGAAGACGGUGAACAAGUACAGCUUAGAGCGGUCAGAGAGCGUACCGAUUGCCGCAAGCGCUCCAGUUCCGCAGACUCCUCUCGUUUCCUUGAGGACGUUAAAGAGUUCGAAGGCAGCCGCGGGUCAACUUCUUCCAUCGAAACGCUACGGGACAUCGGUGCAGGCGGUACACCCUGCGAAUGCGCCGCAAAACACUCGGAUGCGGAUAGUUCGGAGGCUUCCAAGACUAAGGGUACGGUGAUUCCGUCUGGCAGCAACAGGGAUUCGUCUAGCUCCAACGAUUCCGGGGUUUCAUCGUGGUCGCUCCGCGGUGAUGCGUGUACGGCGGGCGAUUUUGAACUUCCAGUAACGACGGCGGCGGUACGACGGCGGUACCGCUCGGCACGGAGAGCGCACGCUCCACCCCACACGGCCCCGCGCCGCUCGCGCUCCAGCGGCGGGGUGCGCAACUCGCCUCUGCCCUCGCACAAAUGCUGCUCUGCUGAGGCUGAAGUGCCAGUUCUUACUAAUAAGCCACUACGAGGCGUAGCGGUGACAGACAGCCGCAGUACGUCCAGCGGCACCUCGGACAUGUCAGACUACAUCGAAACCCUCUCUAUUUGCUCUUCACACUCGUCUUCCGACACACCCGUGACCAUGAGGGUGGUCCGGCAUACAACAAGUACGCUGCGGCCGCGUUCGGGCAAGGAGUAUAGCCCGCUGGCUGCGGGGUUGAGGGCCGCCAACCAACCCUACCGACACUAAGCUUCAAACUCUUCAUGAUUUUUCAAUCGACUUUAUUUAAUUGCUAUACGCUUACAAACGUAAUCUAUCGAAGAAAUAAUUGUAAUUGAUCAAGUAUUUAAAAAAAAAAUUGGUUCGAGAUACUUGUAAAUACUAGUUUAAGCUUUGAUUUUUUCUUUGGUUUAAUAGGUUUACAAAAGUCUAAAAUGGUUUUCACGCCAUUUUUACUCUUCAUAGUAUACUAUAUUAUUCAUGCCAUAAAAAUUUCUAGUCAUAUUAAUAUAUUUAAAAUUCAAUUAUAUUUAAUGAGAUUGUGUAAUUGAAUAUAUUAAAAAACAAGUUUUAUUUAUGGUGACUAUUACUUUUGUUAUAUUAUUUUGGUAGAGAAGGUCCGUCCACUCUCGGUUUGCUGUCUUCGCUAGGACUCACUUAUAUCGUAUUAUCAUGUAAUUAAUAUAUCAAAUAACACGAUAACCUAAUACCAUGUAAUAUUUCAUUAUCAUCAGUCGCGGUGCACGCGCCGCUAAUCAGCUCGAACGCACAUAAUCUAUUAUCGGCUACGACACGACGAUCUGUUACAUAGGAUAAGGAUAAUAAACUUUUUUUAUUGUAUAAACUUAUAUAAACUUGUACUCUAACUUUUAUCAAAGUCGAAAACGUUUUAUAAAUUAUUGUUAAUAAAGAAAACUAAACGAAUUACAGAACAGGUACUGUUUACACAACUACCCGGUCGUUGGUUCGAUUUCACCAAUUCCCACCAUCUUACAUGGAUUGCUUUCUAGUCAUUUGUAAAAGUAUUAUACGUACAUACAUAUUUUUUAAACAUUGCAGAGCGGGCAAUGCAACGAUGCAAUAUGUCUGGUGUACGCUCGCCGGUAGGCAACUGUUUACAACGAUGCUCGUAUCUUGUUAUAAUGAAAUUUUGAUAUUAAGAGUUUAUUUAUUGUAAGUUAAUUUAUUGUGAAUAAUGCAUUUUCAAGUCUGAAUGUGUGUGUAGUUGAAGUCGAGUCUCGUCUCGCUCUGCGGCCUCCUUCGCGUCAGCUCCUAACGAUUCGGCGGCAAAGCGUACGUUUAGUCGCUUAAUCGUGUGAUUCUGAUGAAAAGGUGUCCGCGUUGAUUUCGCGGCUCGAUGCAGUUCCUUAUAAGCAACCUUUUUAAUGUAUACAAAUCGGGAUACAAUUUUAAAGUCUCGACUGCAACGAGCCCGGGGUCAGUGUAACUAUAGCAAUAAGCGGUGCAACAAAAGUUGAUCGCGUGUAAAGUAUACAAUGCCGUAAAAUAACUAUUCUAAAUGAAUUCUGAUUUCGUCGAAUUCGCGGCGGUUGUUUAGAUUUACGCUAGAAUGAAUUUAUAACUAACUAAUGUUAACUCAAAUUUCUGAAUAAAAAAUGAACUGAA